CUCCGAACGACGGAUCCCUCGCUUUUUACUUGGUUGAAUGACUUUGACUUUCACCUUGUUCAGUUGCUUUGACUCGAUCGUCGCAAUCCCGUCAUCCCUCCGACAACCACCAUUAACACACAUCACCAGCCUCGUCGCCCACCUCCCUCUCUUGGACCAACUAAUUAUACCAAUCAAUGCUUUGAACAUCUCACUUGUUGCCAUUCCUUUCUGUUUCAAUCAUUGCUUGGAGUUUUUAGCUUUCCCCACAUCCCCAAAUCCGGUUUGUUGACUUUUGGCGCCAAAGUAAACAAACAGCAAAAAUGGCGAUGCGCAAGGCACCACGUCUGCCCGUCGGCUCGGCAGCGUGGGUUGCAGAAGAGCGCGCAUCGGCGCUCAAGGUGGCAGAGGAGGAAGUCGAAGAGUUUUCGUAUGCUGCGCGCAACGAGAUGGACUGGCUGAACGAGCACAUGGAGGAUAUCUUCUUGGGCGAGAACCAAAUGAACAUUGCCGAAAUCUUCAAAACACCAGCACGGCCACGAGGCAAGACACCGCGAACCAUUCGCAAAGGGCCCAAUACCGAAGUGAGAGUGCCCUUGGCCAGCAUCUUCUCGGCAACACCCCAGGGGACACCUAACCCUUUCGUCCUCGCGCCGCCCGCCAAUAACUCGUCAUGGACGCCCAAGAUCAGGCCCGAUACGCCGGAAGCCCAUGUCGAAGCUGAUGACGAAGCCGAUGUCGACCCCAAGAAUCCCACAACUCCCUCGACGCGCCGUGUGAGCCCCCGAAAAUCAGCUGCCGCAAAGUCGCCAAGCCCAGUCAAGAGCGUCGCCGCGCCAUCACGACAGCCGAGCCCAGUCAACACCACGCCCAUGCGACCACCCGCAAGUCCAGCAAAGCCAGUCGCUGCCACCCCGUCCAAAGUCAGAAGCCCAAUCAAACAUCUCAAUGGCUCCCCCCUACCAAUUCUUUCCAAGUCGCCUACCCCGGUCAAGGCCACCGACUCCGGAUACUAUGGCAGUCAGCAGCUGGAUAUUAUGGAUGUGGACGAGGUCGACAAGGUUGCCGAUGCCGAUGCCGAUGUCGAUGUCGAUAUGGGAGAACCAGCACACGAGCCGACCAUGGAACUCACUCAGCAGUCAGCGCAGGAGCUACCACAACAACAACAACAACCUCCGCAAGAGCCCACACAGGAGCAGACAGAGGGAUCAAUACAGCCGUCAAAUGAGCUCAACCAGGAACCGACGCAGGAGGAACCAGAGCAGCAGGAGAUAGAGUCACAGGAUCUGGGAGUGCAGCCAGCCCCCACCGAGCCGGAGCAACACGCCAGUCCCGGAUUACAGGAGACGGCCGAACUACUACGAACCACAACACCUUCAGAUGAACCUGUUGAGCCUAUCGUUCAAUACCCACGACUUCUCUCGCCCGUCUAUCCAUGCGCCCUCCCCCAAAAGGCUGCCUCGCCAGUUAAGGCCCCCUCGCCUCAGAAGCUCGCAUCGCCAGAAAAGCGCCUUUCCCCCGAGAAGAGGAUUUCCCCGGUCAAGGUGGCCUCCCCCCAGAAGGCUCCUUCACCAGAAAAGAUUCCCUCCCCCGAGAAGACUUUGGAGCUUGAAAAGGAGGAAUCACCUGUGGAUAGCGCUCCCGUCCUGUCACCAAAAAAGAGAUCGCCAGAGACAGAGCCAGUUACUGAACGGCAACCCAAGACUCCGGCGCCCUUUGUACACGCCCAGUCAGCGAAUGAUCAUGCGGACGAUCAAGCGGACGACAAGGUGGACGAUGACGCCAACUCGUCCAUGGAAGCCUCUAGCCCCAUUAGCCCGGUUAAGCGCCUGAGCAGUCUGAACUUUGCAUCACUUCCCGCACGCGAGCCGAUGACCUCUAAGAAGAGCCUCGGUACUAGGAUGUCGAGGACGAGCCAUGUCGACGUAACGCGAACCUCCUUCUACCAUCGCCAGACGGGAGGAAAGAGUCUUGGCCAUACUACCCGACAGGAUUUCGAUGAUGACGACGAUGAGAUGGACAUUGAUGGUGAUCACACUCAGGAACCCAGGACUGCCAAAUCAUACACGCAGCGACUGCAGGAUCAGAUCAACAUGCUGGGCAAGGGACAGUCAAUGGGACCGAGACCAUCGAAAUCGAUAGCCCACCUCUUGCCGACACAACAACCCGCAUCCACUUCACAGGCACCAAUGACACAGCCCGUUCCGGAGCCCACCAGAUCCUCACCCAAGAAGCCACCCGUGGUUACUCCUAGGGCAUUUCCCACACCGGGAGCAUUCCCGCUGGACGAUGAUGAUGACUGGAUUGGACCUCCUAGCAAGGGAGCGGAUAUGUCUACCCCCAUGGUGUGGAACGCGCGCAAAGACACACGGUUAAGUCAGCCAAUGGAAGGAAUGAACUUAUUCGCAAGGGAGGCAUCCCCGACCCUUGGAGAGUCCUUCAUGGAGAACAGGCACGAGUCACCAAGUAAAGCGCCCAUCAUCCAGGAACCACCUGCUGCGUCUUCCUCAACAACACAUGUCAAAUCGGCUUCUGUUCCCACGCUACCCAGUUUGCUCGAGCCUCCCGUGCCAAAAACCGCCAGCCCCACGAAAGAGGCAUCUGUCUCUACUUCCAACCUCCCCGAAAUGCCAGCGCACGAGCCUGCUUCGCCCUUCAAGUCCCCCUCCAAGGCAUUCCGCGAGAACACGCUGGAGAGGGUCAAGAACAAGUUUUCCUCCCUUAUGAAAUCAUCCAAGGGACUUCUCCCGACCAGUGCACAUUCGAAUGCCGAAGCAAAACUGACUGGGCUCUUCACGACCCCCUCAACCGCUCGACUGGAAGAACACCCCAGUUUAUCCGAAGCUUCCUUCAAGACAGCCGAUAAUGUCGUCUAUCCUGAUCUAUCUCACCAUGCACAGGCCGAGGCCCCCGUAGCCGCCACCCCCAUCCGACCCACGAGAAAAACCCGAGCGUCGACCGAGAGGGAACGAAAGGAGGCAGAGGAAAGGGAGAAGGAAAAGAAGAGGGAAGAGAAGGAGGCCAAGCAAUAUGCCAAGACAUAUGCCAAGCAGAAUGAGAAGCUGGAGAAGAUGCGCGAGAAGGAAGCGGAAAAGGCCCGUCUCUUCCAACAAGAGCAAGAGAGACAGGCAGAGAUGGAGAGACGCGCUGCUGAACAGAGGGAGCAGGAACAACAACACAAGCUUACCAAGGCACGACCGCAGUCCAAGCAGCUGUUCGAGACACCAGGACCUUCAAAAUCGGCACCCAAGAGCCCCAAGAAAGCUACUCGGACUAGUCUUCGCAGAGGAGCCAAGCAGGGUGAAGCCGAAAAGGAGGAAGCCGAUGUCGAUAUGGGAGACGUUACUAUCUCCACGAAGGCACCUCAAUCGAUUCCUCGACCUCCAUCUGCUCAAGCCUCCCGUGGCACGGGUAUCAAGCGACCUAUUAGACCCACGAAGGAGGCAUUGACGAGGGCCAAGCCCGCCCCGACUCGCAUCCGCGUCAACACCACCAGCUCUCAGCAGGGAGCGUUCCACACUUCGACCAACAGUGUUCUCAGCACCACCAGCCAGGAGAGCCUGGGUCAGUCGCACGGAAGGCAGCAACUUGUGAGCAAGGCCAGCACGUCUUCGCUCACCAAGAAGCCUUCCCUUCAGAGUCUUAAGGGGUCUUAUUCUUCGACUGUCGGGCGGCCCAAAGCGUUGGAGCUGGCGGCCAAACAAAAGGAGCAAGAGGAGCGCGAGAUCCAGCGCAGGCGUGAUCAGAAGGCGGAAAAUGAGCGCAAGAGGGCUGAGAUGAAGGAGGAAGAGCAGCGCAAGCAAGCUGCGGCAGCUAAGAAGGCCGCGAUUGAGCAAGCCAAACGGACCCGUGCGCCGCCCCCGCCGCCGAGGUCCCAGCCUAAUGGCCCUCCGGAUCACUUGGCGGAGAGUAGGCAACCUUCGAGACCUAAUUCUCGUCUUGGGCCGACGCUGCACGAUAGCCGACCAGUCAAUGCUGUGCUGGGCAAGGCGGCUUCCAAGCGUCCGUUGACGCAGGUGCAAGAGGCCCAUCAGGAUUCGAAGCGGAUUCGCGUGUCUGAGGACUUUGAUGCGGAUAUCGAGAUGGCCGAGGGUAACACCAAGCAGCAGAGGAGCAUCAGAGGGGCGCCCGUUCGACCUUCUGCAGUCCGGCCUUCGGGUGUGAGGCCGUCGGCAGCCGUUAGACAACCCUCGGUUGGGUUCAAGAAGGAUUUGUCGACUACUACCACGACAGGCAAGUCGAUUUUCGCCUCGAACUAUACCAACGUACCACACGCCCCUCCCCCUCCUUCGCGGACAGUCGACCUCUUCAAAAAGACCACCGUCAACCAAAUCAAGACGGGCCACGCACUGGACACGGCCCAAUUCCAAAAGGGCAACCACAUCCCCUUUGCCUCCAACCCCAACGGCGCCGGUCCUUCCGCUGCUGCUCAGGCCGGAUCGUCCCGCCAUCCGCUCCAAACCCCAGCGCGUCCGGGUGCUACUGCCGCCCGCGCCCUGGCCCUCACAUCCGCCACCAAACCCACCCGCACCUCCCCCCGCCUCGCCGCCAUCGCCGCCGGCGACUCCAUCGAGCUCCCUGAGAUCCAAACGGACGACGAAGACGGGGUCGACACGCCCCGUCCAUCCACCUCCAACCCCAACCUCCGCUCUUCGCUGAAUGGUGGCAACUGGACCGACAGCCCUUACCUUAAGGCGCAGCUUUUGGCACAAGAGCAGCUCGACCCGAUGGUCAUCUUUGGACCUCCUGCUCCGCUGAACAUGGAGGAGGUGUUUAGCAAGGAUAAGAGCAGACAUCAUCGGUUCAGGGCCAGAACGAGCAGCGCGAAUUGGGAAGGGCAGGAUCGGUUGACGGAGGAGGAGGUGUGUAGGGAUCGGGAGGCGAGGGAGAGGAUGAGGAAGGAGGGAGGAUGGAGUUGGGGGUUGGGAAGGACUUUGGGGUAA